CAUAACUCGUUUUAUCUAUUCUAAUCAUAGGAGAGAAAAAGAAACAUGUGCUUUUGAUUCCCCAAAUUUUCUCCGUAACUCGACCCGUACCCAAAGUUUCUUUCACAAUUCUCAGGGGCCUUGUCUUUAAUUCUUCCAUCUCCCUGUCUCUCAGACGUGUCUCACACCUUGGGGGUCCCGAUUGGUGCUUCCUAUUUCCUUGUUUUCUCUUUCAAUUUCACUUAUUUCUUUACUUGAACAAACCUGUGGAUCCCUUGAUUUUGCGAAUUAGAUUGCCAACGAUCAUCGACAGGGAUCGUGCGAUUCGAUUCGGAAGUCGAAUUCUUGUAUCUCUGCUUUACCCGAUGGGAGCUGCCGAAUUAAAAUUUGCUUCUAUGACAUGAGCCUAGUCCGUCAUAUUAUUGCCUGCUGCUGCAUGAGUAGGUAAUGAAGGGUUCUCAUGAGGGGAAUGUUGCUUUAAAAUGCUCUUCUAAAACUGCUAUCGAUAGCUCACCAUCCCCUGGAACUGGAUUAGAGCCAGGUCCCAGUGACUUUAAGUUCUCCAAGAGUUCUGUCUGGUCAAACUUCUUUGCUUCUGCUUUCUCAAUCUUUGACACAUAUAGUGAGUCGUCGGCUUGUGAAAAGAAGGCAUCCCUUCGUAAAAACAAUGGGUGGACAGCAGCUGUGAAGAGGGCUGUCUCCGGUGGCUCAAUGAGGAGGGUUCACGAGCGUGUUUUGGGGCCAAGCAAGAUUGGAAUAUCUAGCUCAACUAGCGACAUAUGGCUUCUAGGCGUGUGCUAUGAAAUUUCACGGGAGGAGUCCUCUGGAGAUAUGGAUGCCACCAAUGGAUUAGCUGCAUUCAAACAAGACUUUUCAUCACGAAUAUUGAUGACAUAUCGUAGAGGUUUUGAUGCUAUUGGAGACACAAAAAUUACAAGUGAUGUCGGCUGGGGUUGCAUGCUUCGAAGUAGCCAAAUGCUUGUUGCUCAGGCUUUGCUUUUUCAUCGAUUGGGGAGGUCUUGGCGAAAACCUUUGCAAAAGCAAUUUGACCAAACGUAUAUCGAGAUCUUGCAUCAGUUUGGUGAUUCUGAGGCCUCAGCUUUCUCCAUUCACAACCUUGUUCAAGCUGGAAAGAUUUAUGGACUUGCUGCUGGGUCAUGGGUAGGCCCAUAUGCCAUGUGUCGCUCGUGGGAGUCUCUUGCUCGCUCUAAGGGGGAGAAAAAUGACCUUGAGCACCAGUUACUUCCUAUGGCUGUCUAUGUUGUUUCUGGUGAUGAAGAUGGUGAGAGAGGAGGAGCUCCAAUUGUUUGCAUUGAAGAUGCUUCUAGGCACUGUUUUGAAUUUUCAAGAUGCCAUGCUGAUUGGACCCCUAUUGUUUUACUUGUACCCUUGGUUCUUGGACUUGACAAAGUAAAUCCCAGGUACAUUCCAUCAUUGCAAGCAACAUUCACCUUUCCACAAUGCCUUGGCAUUUUGGGUGGGAAACCUGGUGCCUCGACUUACAUUGUUGGUGUUCAAGAAGAAAAUAUUUUCUACCUUGAUCCACAUGAUGUUCAGCCGGUAGUUAAUCUUAGUCGGGAUAAUCUGGAGGCUGAUACUUCGUCUUAUCACUGCAAUGUUAUACGACACAUUCCUCUGGAUUCAAUUGAUCCAUCCCUGGCAAUUGGAUUUUUCUGCCGAGACAAAGAUGAUUUUCAAGAUUUUUGUUUCCGGUCUUCCAAACUAGCUGAUGAAUCAAAUGGUGCUCCCUUAUUCACUGUUGCUCAAACUCUUAUUAUUUUUAAGCCCAUUAGCUAUGGCGAUGCUUUGGCUGACACUGGUGAGGUUCGAGAGGAUGAUUCCUUUGGUGUAAUGCCUAUGGGUGACAUGGAUGGCAGCACUCAUGAGGACGACUGGCAGCUCCUUUGAUGGGAACUUUCUUUAUCUUCUGCUGGAUUGUAUACUCAACUCCCUGGUUCCUCCAUUGGAAGAACCUUGAUUUACAACUUGGGCGAUUCUGUCUACUGUCCAUUAACUACAUUUGUAGGUAGUGUCUAAGUUAUAAUGAUUCUUUACCCUCAAUUUUAGACUAUUGCAAGCUGUUAAUAUAAUUGACCAAUAUUGAUUUGUGUAAGAUACGUGCGAUUGCUGUUGAAUUUUUUUUUUUUUUGGUAGACAACAAUGUGCUGCUGAUUUUUCUAUUGCAAUGCUAUGUUUGAACUCUUUUGCGUUAAUGCAAAGAAAAUUUUCAUUAACUUGAUCCAAAAUUUUCAAACAAUGAAACAUAACAACCAGUCAGAGCGAGUGGCAACACCUGUUAAAAAGGACAUGAGUGGAAGCAUCAAUUCUUUUCCCAAAUAAGUAGAGAGGUGCUUAUAAAAGCUGUGGCAAGUACAAUCCAAUGCUACCCAAUAAGCUGCUUCUCGUUCCCAAAAGCAGUUAUGUAGUGAGAUUGAAGGGGUGAAUUCUGCCAAAAGAGGUUGGUUGAGAUGAUAAGGUUCAAAUAUUUCAAUUGUAAGGUUUAGAUUCGAGUCUCA